AUGACUUUGCUGGCGUUCCUCUUCCUGCUCACCUUGGUCCCAGCUGGGUGUGUAAGGAGCAGACACCCCCCUAAGGCAGCCAUCUCCAGCCCCGUGUUCGGCCCCAGGGAGGUGCACGGCGUGAAGGGCGGCUCGGUCACCGUGAAAUGCUUCUACCCCCCGACACCGAUGAACAAGCACGACAGGAAAUACUGGUGCAGGCAGAAGGGCUCCAGCUGCCUCACCGUGGUGUCCUCCAACUUCGUGGCUGCUGCCUACCAGGGCAGGGUCACCCUCACUGACCACCCCCAGGAGAACCAUUUCCUGGUCAACAUCUCAGCGCUGGAGAUGAGCGAUGCCGGCACCUUCCAGUGUGGCGUGGGCAUCAAUGGCAGAGGGCUCUCCUUCAGAGUCACCCUCAUCGUUGCUGAAGCCCCACCUGUUCCUGAGGAUGCUGAGCUCUUCUACGUGAAGCUGCGCAGCACCUGGACCGUGACCUGCAGCUUUGGGAAGGAGACAGUCGAGAUGAAGAAAUACCUGUGCAAGAAGGAGAAGGACGGCUGCAGGAACAUCAUCAACAGCUAUCAGGACACAGAUGUCCCAGGGGGACUUCAGCUGGUGUUUGAGGACCCUCCAGGCUCGUUCCGUGUCACCAUGACUCAGAUGGACUGGGAAGAUGCAGGCUUGUACUACUGUGGGGCCGGUGACUAUGAGAAGGACGACCCAAAGAAGGAGCUGGAUGUGUUUAUCUACGAGGACAAAACAUUCCCUCACUUCAAGACCAACAUAACUGGAAAAGUUGGAGGUUCAGCAAGCUUCGAGUGCCUCUAUGACCCUCUGCUAAAUGCCUCCUCGAGGUUCUGGUGCAAGCAGAAAGGCAGGCAAUGUGGUACCACAAUCAUAGACAACACUGGGCGUGUGGAGGACUCCUAUGAAGGAAGAGUGACCGUGUUCCAGAACCCCGAAAACAAAACUCUCACCAUCAUCCUGAACCAGCUGCAGGAGAAGGACAAAGGCACUUACUGGUGCAUGUCAAAUCAGCUGAGGGAGCAGCAAUCAUCAACAGAACUGACGGUUGUUCCAGGAGAACCUUCACUGACGGGAAAGAAGGUGGUGGAGGCCCAGGCGGGCUCGCGGGUGAAUUUAACCUGCUGCUACCCCUGCAAGUAUUACUCCUACGAGAAAUACUGGUGCAGGUGGAGCAACACGGGCUGUGCCAUGCUGCCCGUGCAGCAGCAGCCGGGGCUGCCACAGCCAGGGGAUGCCUGUGAACCAAACGCCAGGACGGUGGUGCUGAGCCUGGACCCGGUGGCCGAGGAAGAUAAAGGCUGGUACUGGUGCGGGGUGAAGCACAACGGGGUCUUCGGGGAAACCAUGGCCGUGGAGCUGCGGGUGAGCGCAGGGAGAGAUGCCAAUCUCAGCCCAGAGUUCCUGGAUGUUGAUUCCAGCCAUGAUUCUGCAGCUGUUCCCCCAGGAGGAGCCCACAGUGACGCUGAGGUGCGGAAAGGAGCUGCCCCAGAAAGCUCUGAUGAAAGUCAAGGCUCCAACACUCUGGCCUUGGUGCUGGGCCCUCUUGCUGGCCUGAUCCUGAUUGCUGUGACAGCUUUUGCCAUUGUCAAGUACAGGCAGCUGAAGAGAUCUGAUCUGGUGUCUGUGGGGAGCUACAGGACCAACAUCAGCAUGUCAGACUUUGAGAGCGUGAGGGACUUCAGUGCCAGCAACAGCGCGAAGGAGACCCACGAGACCUCCAUGGGAGGGGAUGAAUUCGUCACCACCACCACGGACACUCCGGACAGUGCUGCCAACACAACGAAGGCAAAAAGGAGCUCCAAGGAGGAAGCUGACCUCGCCUACUCCUCCUUCCUGGUCACCUCCAGCAACAUCGCCCAGGCCAGCUCCGGGGGUGAUAGCGCUGUCCUGGACCUGUCCCCACCCCAGGACCAGGCCUGA